UGUCCCGGAUCCUGGAUUUGGCCCAGCGCGGGUCAAGCGCGGGCAAGAGGAGGAGGAAACGAAAAAACAAAACAAUCAAAGGAGCUUGGCGUUUUCAACUUGUUUGCAGCAGUCUGUCCGACUCCCAAGAAUCAGCAGACUGGCGGCUUCUCUGAAACACUGGGGUUGUUGGUGUGGCCAAAUUUUCCCUGGAUUUGACUGGUAAAUUCAGAAGACUGAAGCCCAGGCUCACAGUCUACCUUUCACGGAGGCCCAGCCGUGAGAGGACUGAGGAAGGCACGUGGCGGAUCAUGACUGCCGAUAAAGAGAAGGAGAGGGAGAAAGAGCGGGACAGAGACAGGGACCGGGACAAGGCUGGCAAAUCCCGCCGACAAGAUGGCGACCGUGAGAGCGAAAGCUCCAGGCCCCGUCGUAGUUGUACGCUGGAGGGUGGGGCCAAGAACUAUGCAGAGAGCGAGCACAGCGAGGACGAGGACAACGACAAUGGCAGCACGGGGGGAGGCAGCGGCACGGCCGAGGAGGCUGGAAAGAAAGGCAAGAAGAAGACGCCGAAGAAGAAGUCGCGCUAUGAACGCACAGAAAAUGGAGAAAUCACAUCUUUCAUUACAGAAGACGAUGUUGUUUACAGACCUGGAGAUUGUGUGUACAUUGAGAGUCGGAGGCCAAACACACCCUAUUUCAUUUGUAGCAUUCAGGAUUUCAAGUUGAGUAAACGCGACCAUCUGCUGAUGAAUGUGAAAUGGUACUACCGCCAGUCAGAGGUGCCCGACUCCGUCUACCAGCACCUGGUACAGGAUCGCAACAACGAGAACGACUCUGGCCGGGAACUGGUUAUCACUGACCCAGUGGUCAGGAGUCGAGAACUGUUCAUCUCUGACUACGUGGACACCUAUCAUGCUGCUGCUCUCAGGGGGAAAUGCAACAUUUCCCAUUUCUCAGAUAUUUUUGCUGCCAGGGAGUUCAAAGCCCGCAUCGACUCCUUUUUCUACAUCCUCGGAUAUAACCCAGAGACCAGGCGACUAAACAGCACACAAGGGGAAAUCCGAGUGGGCCCCAGUCACCAAGCCAAGCUCCCAGAGCUGCAGCCUUUCCCCUCUCCUGGUGGCCAAGCUGUGACUGAGAAUGAGGAGCUGGUCUGGAUGCCAGGGGUCAAUGACUGUGACCUUCUCAUGUACCUCAGAGCCGCAAGGAGCAUGGCUGCCUUUGCAGGGAUGUGUGACGGAGGCUCAACAGAAGACGGAUGUCUCGCCGCGUCCCGAGAUGACACUACACUAAAUGCACUUAAUACUCUUCACGAGAGCAGCUAUGACGCAGGGAAGGCUCUCCAGCGUCUGGUGAAGAAACCCGUCCCUAAACUGAUAGAGAAGUGCUGGUCUGAGGAUGAAGUGAAGCGCUUCAUUAAAGGGUUGAGACAGUUCGGCAAAAACUUCUUCAGGAUCCGGAAAGAGCUGCUGCCCAACAAAGAAACAGGAGAACUAAUUACAUUCUACUACUAUUGGAAGAAAACUCCUGAAGCAACCAGUUGUCGAGCCCACCGCAGACACCGCCGCCAGCCCGUCUUCCGCCGUAUCAAAACACGGACCGCCUCAACUCCCGUAAACACUCCCUCACGCCCCCCUUCCAGCGAGUUCUUGGACCUCAGCUCUGCCAGCGAGGAUGACUUUGAUAGCGAAGACAGCGAACAGGAGCUGAAGGGCUACGCCUGCCGUCACUGUUUCACCACCACCUCCAAGGACUGGCACCACGGGGGCCGCGAGAACAUCUUGCUGUGUACAGACUGCCGCAUUCAUUUCAAGAAGUACGGUGAGCUGCCCCCCAUUGAGAAGCCUGUGGACCCACCGCCAUUUAUGUUCAAACCUGUCAAAGAGGAAGAGGAUGGACUCAGUGGGAAGCAUAGCAUGAGGACCCGACGGAACCGAGGAUCGAUGUCAACGCUACGUAGUGGUCGUAAGAAGCAGACAAGUCCCGAUGGCCGAGCUUCACCUAAUAACGAGGAUUUGCGUUCCAGCGGGCGUACGUCACCUAGCGCAGCAAGUACUGACAGCACUGACAGCAAGACAGAUUCCAUGAAGAAGACCAACAAGAAGAUUAAAGAGGAAGCGCCGUCACCUAUGAAGACUGUUAAAAGGCAGCGAGAAAAGGGAGCCUCAGACACAGAGGAGCCUGAGAGGGCCAGUGCCAAAAAGUCCAAAACACAAGAAAUGAGUCGACCAGACUCUCCCUCAGAAUGCGAUGGCGAAGGUGAGGGAGAGGGUGAGAGCUCUGAUGGACGCAGCGUCAAUGAGGAGCUCAGUAGUGAUCCUAAGGACAUUGACCAGGACAACCGGAGUUCGUCCCCAAGCAUUCCCAGUCCCAGAGACAAUGAAAGUGACUCGGACUCUUCUGCCCAGCAGCAGCAGCUCUUGCAGAGCCAGCAUCCUCCAGUCAUCCAGUGCCAGCCAGGCACUUCAGCCGCCUCCUCAGUGCCCCCACCUCCCACAACCGCAGCACCCUCCUUACCCCCACAGGUCUCACCUACAGCAGCCUCCACUUCUAUACCUCCUCAGCCUUUGCCCCAGACAAACCCCAUGUCUCUUAUCCAGUCUGGAACAUCACUCCACCCACAGAGGCUUCCAUCUCCACAUUCACCUAUGAUGCAGGCUCCACCUCCCGGCCCCCCAGUCCCACCCCCAUCAAUACCAGGCUCACAUCACGGUCCUAUCCCUCCCAUGCCACACCCACUGCAGGGUGGUCCCUCACAUAUGCCACAUCCUCACUCCAUGCCUCCUCAGGGCUUCCCUGUGGGUCAAUCUCAGGUCCCAUCUCCUCCCAUUUCUGGUCCAUCACAACAGAGACCCCACACACCUCCUUCCCAAUCCCAGUCCUCGAGUCAAAGUGGAGGCCAGCCUCCAAGAGAGCAGCCCCUACCCCCUGCCCCAAUGUCCAUGCCUCAUAUCAAGCCCCCGCCCACCACCCCUAUCCCUCAAAUACCCAAUCCACAAUCACACAAACACCCUCCCCACGUGUCAGCGCCUCAUUUCCCUCAGAUGCCUUCAAACCUGCCCCCUCCACCUGCUCUCAAGCCCCUCAGUUCUUUGUCCACCCAUCAUCCACCAUCAGCACAUCCACCUCCUCUCCAGCUCAUGCCUCAGGGGCAACAGCUUCAACCUCCUCCAGCACAGCCUCCAGUUCUUACCCAGUCCCAAACCCUGCCACCAUCAGCCAGCCACCAGCCUCCUGCAGCUGCUCCUCUGCCACCUCCCACAGCACCCUCACACCCCAGUGGGCCGUCGCAGCCGCCGUUCUCAUCACAUCCUUUCAGCACAGUUCUACCUCCAAAUGGCCCUCCUCCACCUUCGUCAAACUCUAUGCCAGUCUUACAACCCCCGUCUUCCUCCACCUCAUUAUCUUCCAUUUCCAUGCCACUACCUGCCUCGGUCAGUUGUGCCGGCCCGGGUCCAGCACUUCCUCCUGUACACAUCAAAGAGGAGCCUCUCGAUGAGGCAGAAGAGCCAGAGAGCCCCCCACCUCCACAGAGGAGUCCCUCUCCAGAACCUACUGUCGUCAAUACACCCAGCCAUGCCAGCCAAUCAGCACGGUUCUACAAGCACCUGGACCGGGGUUACAAUUCAUGUGCUCGGACAGAUUUGUACUUCACUCCUCUGGCUUCCUCUAAACUGGCCAAAAAGCGAGAGGAAGCUCUGGAGAAAGCCAAGCGAGAAGCCGAGCAGAAAGCCAGGGAGGAGAAGGAGCGGGAAAGGGAGAGGGAAAAGGAGCGGGAAAGAGAGCGGGAACGAGAAAAGGAGGCGGAGCGAGCUGCGAAAGCCUCCAGUUCGUCUCACGAGGGCAGAAUGGGAGAACCUCAGAUGGCCGGCCCCGCCCACAUGCGUCCACCCUUUGACGGACCGCCCACUACAAUCGCAGCUGUGCCUCCGUACAUUGGCCCCGACACCCCCGCCCUGCGCACCCUCAGCGAGUACGCCCGUCCCCACGUCAUGUCCCCCACCAACCGGAACCACCCCUUCUUUGUGUCGCUCAACCCCGCAGACCCAUUACUGGCCUAUCACAUGCCCAGCCUAUACAACGCUGACCCAGCCAUGCGAGAGCGUGAACUGCGUGAGCGGGAGAUGCGUGAGAGAGAAAUUCGUGAGAGGGAGCUGAGGGAAAGAAUGAAGCCUGGUUUUGAGGUGAAGCCUCCAGAGAUGGAGACUUUGCACCCUUCAGCAAACCCCAUGGAGCACUUUGCCCGGCACGGAGCCAUCACGUUGCCUCCGAUGGCCGGCCCCCACCCUUUUGCCUCCUUCCAUCCAGGCCUAAACCCUUUGGAGCGCGAGCGGUUGGCCCUCGCUGGGCCCCAGCUGCGGCCAGAAAUGAGUUACCCAGAGAGGUUGGCUGCAGAGAGACUCCACGCCGAGAGGAUGGCCACGGUGGCCAACGACCCCAUCGCCCGCCUACAGAUGUUCAACGUCACGCCACACCACCACCAGCACUCGCACAUUCACUCCCACCUCCAUCUCCACCAGCAAGACCCACUACACCAAGGUGGUGGUGAAUGUCUUGUGUGUCCUCCAGGGUCGGGGGCCCACCCGCUGGCAGUGGAUCCGCUGGCAGCCGGACCUCACCUGGCCCGCUUCCCUUACCCGCCCGGUGCCAUUCCCAACCCGCUGCUCGGCCAGCCGCCACACGAACACGAGAUGCUGCGCCACCCCGUCUUCGGUACUCCAUAUCCACGGGACCUACCAGCAGGUUUGCCCCCACCCAUGUCCGCAGCCCACCAGCUGCAGGCCAUGCACGCCCAGUCAGCCGAGCUCCAGAGGCUGGCCAUGGAGCAGCAGUGGCUCCACGGACACCAUCAUAUGCACGGAGGGCCGCUGCCCGGCCAGGAGGACUACUACAGCCGACUGAAGAAGGAGAGCGACAAGCAGCUGUAACCAGCCGAGGGAGGCGGCGACCAACAGGUGCAGGGCACAGGAAGAUGUGACAGAACGGUCUUGCAGAGGCAGCCAAGCAUCCUCUGACCCACAUUCGAUUUUGAAGAAUGGAAAAGGCCAAGCGGAUCAUCUGAGAAUUCUUCAGUAAUCGGUUUUCGUUCCUGUUGAGGACCUUUUUUUCUUUUCUGUUCUUUUUUUUUUUUUUUUUUUAAACAAGACAUUGACUUUCUUUGGUGUAUAGCCAGUAACGACGACGUCCUCAAGACUCCUGCAUGACAAAAAGCUUCCCUGACGUUUUAUUUUGUAGGUGCUAGAACAAGACACUGUGCUUAUCAACAAGACAAACAACAACAAAAAAACGACCGGUCAGGCCAUCUACGGAAAAAUAACAAGUGCUAUCUUAAAUUCAGCAUUUAUUUUAAUACAUCGUUGGAGUUUUUCUUUUCUUUUUUCAUAAUUAUAAGAAAAAGCUACAGCAUGGCGUUUUUGAGUCUGUAAAUAGUAUAUAUAAACAUAUAAUUAUUAUUAUUACUCGGUGUGGACUCCAAACCAAGUCGUUUCGCCCUCUGACGUCAUUGUUUUGAAGCAUUAUCCCUUGUUUCAGAGGGGGAGCACCGCGGCAUUAUCCCAGCAGACUUCCUCUGACAUCACUGUAUGCGUCACCGUGGACACGCCCACGUCCUUUCAUCAGCAGCCUGUUGGAACGUGUCAGCUCGACAGCGUUUGAGUUGGCGGUUUGAAACACUUGAAGAGGUGACGCGGCAUUUGUGGCAGUCGCACCGGAGCCAGGAAUUAAAAAAGAAAACACAGUUUGCACUGAGAGGGUCCUUGAAGCGCCACAAAAUUUGGUUUUUAAAAAAAAUCUGUAUUUCUAAGUUCAUUAGCUGACGUAAUCCUUCACUACUUUUUAAAAACACACAGAUUUUAGUGAAAUUUUAAAUCUCUGGAUCUGAUUUUUAACUGUUUUAAAACCCAGUCAGAGUUGAGGGUGGUUUAAAUGUUUGUGCGUCAGUGCAAGUUGCAUCGUGGCGUCUCCUUUGCGUCCCCGCCGUCAUUGUCGUCCACGUUUGCAGGGCUGAAAUCCUGCAGCCAGACUGUAAUAAUGUUCACUGUGAUACUAGAGGAGGCGUGGCGACUGACAGGGCAAAGGUCGACGACCGCAUGCGUUCGCACACAUCUUCCUCACCACGUUGUUGUUUUCCUUGGUUCCUUUAGAAUGCACGCAGCCUCCUGAGCCUCAGGAGUGUGCAUGCGCGCUCGUGUGUGUGUGUGUGUGUGCGUGCCACUGACUGUUACAAUUACUGUCAACAUGUCGUACAAGUGCACGCGAGUCUGAGUUUAUUUUCAGUUUUAGCCAUAAAGUUUGUGUCCUGAGAAGGUUUUUCUGUCACCACUUAGAAAACUGAAGAACCCACGUUUAUACGAGGUCAUAUCUUCCUUUGAAGUGCGAUCGUUUCCACUCAGAAUCCUGCAAACAUCAUCAGUUGCUCUCAUUAUGAAGUCACAGACGUGAAAAAAAUGAAUAGUCACUGUUUGGCCACCUCCUUCCCGUCUCUCCUUGUCCUCGGUUCCUGACGGCUCCUUUGCCUUUUAUCCUCUUUUUUGUGUCUCCAAAACCUUUGAUGUUAAGUGUUGUCAAUGGUUUAGCUUCUUGUUUCAAAGCGGCAACAGCAGAAUUUAAAUUCUGACUGCUAAGAUUUAUAUAUAUACUGGUAUCUUGAAGCUUAUUGUAUAUAUGAGUAGUCGCCACGGGAUGACACAGUGUAAACAAAAAGUAGAAAUAAUAAGAAAAAUUGUGAGUCCUGUGUUCUCUCCAUUUGAGUAUUUUGUAAUUUUUUUGAAAAAUUUGUGGAAUUAAAAUAAACAACUAAGUUACACCACA